CAUCCCGGAAGUGACUGCUGUGCUUUGGCUUUGGCUUGUUGCUGCAUCGGUCACAAUGGCAUUGAGAAUUGCAUUAAGACAAAAAUAUGUUUUCUUGGGCCUUCUAUCAUCCAGUGGCAAUCAUGGCAGAGUGGCUACAGUUCUUGUCUCUCAGAUGAGAAAUAAUGCAACUUCUCCCAACAUUAAAGUUGAUUUCAACCAAAGUACAGGUGUGGCUGUGCUGUCUAUGCAGAGUCCUCCAGUGAACAGCCUCAGUUUAGACCUCCUCACAGAGCUCUGCAUCAAUCUGGAGAAGCUGGAAAUGGACAGGGCUUGUAGAGGCCUAAUCAUCACAUCGAACCAGCCUAAAGUGUUCUCAGCCGGGCUCGACAUCCUGGAGAUGUAUGGCAAGAGCCCUGAGCGCUGCGGGGAGUUCUGGAGAGCUGUGCAGGAGAUGUGGCUCAAAAUGUAUGGAUCAAACAUGGUCACUAUAGCUGCUAUCAAUGGCUCCAGUCCCGCAGGAGGUUGUCUGUUGUCUUUGACAUGUGACUACAGAAUAAUGGUUGACAACCCUCGUUAUAGUAUUGGCCUUAAUGAGACUCUGCUUGGCAUUGUUGCUCCUUUCUGGUUUAAGGAGACAAUGGCGAACACAGUAGGCCAUCGAAACACAGAGAUGGCCCUGGAGCUUGGCCUUCUCUACAGCCCCUCAGAGGCUCUCAAGAUUGGACUAGUGGACCAACUCGUGCCUCAGGAUCAGCUCCUCACCACAGCCACGGAAACAAUGAAAAAGUGGUUGGCUAUUCCAGACCAUGCCAGACAAAUUACAAAGUCCAUGAUGAGGAAGCCAACUCUUGACAAGUUGACUUCAAACAGAGAGGCAGACAUACAGAACUUUGUGAGCUUUAUCACUAAAGACUCCAUCCAGAAGUCCCUGCGCAUGUACCUUGAGAUGCUCAAGAAGCGAAAAGCCUAAAUGACCACUUUGCCUGCAGUAACACAUUAUUUUUCACUCACCUGGAUAUCAACUAACGGUAAAAAAAUACAUUAGUGGCAAUUUGAAUAAAGUGUUAUGUAAAUAAAAAUGAAUAAUGACGUAUUUUUUUAAGUUACGAGUUGAAAAAUAAAACUCUGGUUUAUUGUG